AGAGGGAGCGAGGAAAGCCGCAGGGCCGCCUUUUGGCUCCGUGGCGGGCGACGUCAUGGAUUCCUGAGCGUGGAAGUUUGCAGGAAAGCCCUCCGCCGAGGCGAUGGAGCCGGUCCAAGGGUUUCCAUGGCGCCGGGCAUAAACAGGAGGAAACAGUGAGGGAAUCCCGUUAUUUUACAGCAUUCAACGACUAUAAACACUCCGCGCCGGGAAGGAAGUGGCCUUUCCCUCUCGGGGAACUCGGAGCGCGGCGGAGCAGAAGGAGCCCCACGCGAGAAAGAGACCGCGGGUGGAAGGAAGGAAAGAAAGAAAGAAAGAAAGAAAGAAAGAAGGAAGGAAAGAAGGAAGGAAAGAAGGAAGGAAGGAAAGAAGGAAGGGGGCGACGAUGCCCGAAAGAAGACUCCUCUGUAGAUAGAGAGGGAAGGCAGCCUUUCCUCCCCUCUUGACCAUAAUAGCUCUGUUUAUAUUUAACCAUAUAUUAUUUUAUCAAUAUCCAUAUAUACCCAAAUGCAGCGAGAACCCGCGUGCCGGCUGGUACACUUUCACCACAUCAUGAGAUCUAUGGAUCAAGAAGAACCGACACCUUCACAUAAAAUCAUCAGCCCACCCUCUGGAGUAACUUACCCUCAUGAUGAUGUCUCGGAUUAUGGCCUGAAGCCAUACCCCUUCGUUUUGCCUAGUCUUUCAGCAGAUCACAUGGGCCGGUAUGGACAGCCAGAUAGCUUAGGGUCAAAAUGCUACUUGGACCCUGUCAAGGCUGCCGGCCCCCCUACUCUGAGCCCUAGGAUUGAGAUAACACCAUCUUAUGAACUGAUUCACUCGGGGGGUCCCUUCGGCAGCAGAGAUACAGACCUAUUGGUAGAGCAUCAAUCCAGCUCAGCUGCCACUAGCCCAAGGUUUACCCUGCCUGUCCCUGGCUUUGAAAGCUAUCGAGAACCGCUCUGCCUGAGCCCUCCUAGCAGUGGCUCCUCUGCAAGCUUCAUUUCAGAGACUAAUUUCUCUCCUUACACCUCACCAUGUGUUUCACCAAAUAAUGGCCCUAGUGAUGACCUUUGUCCACAGUUUCAAAACACCCAUGCUCAUUAUUCCCCCAGAACCUCUCCAAUAAUGUCCCCACAAACAACCAUCGUGGAGGAUACCUGCUUGGGGCCGCGUUCACCAUCACCACAUCCCAACUCAAGGUCGUCAUCACCGGGCACAAAGAGGAGGUACUCUUGCACUGAGUUCUACGGAAGCCAGCAACCCUCUGCUUCUCCACGGCAGUCGAGGACCCCCUCUCCACAGGCCUCUCCUCAGAUUUCCUUGAGAGAAGACGGAUCUUCAGUCACAUACACCCAGUUGUCCACCUCUUCUACUCUCAUGGAUGCAAUGAACAACCUCAGCACAGAUCCUUCCUGUGGAGUUCCCACAAAAAUAUGGAGAACCAGCCCGGAUCCUUCUCCAAUGCAUUCCCACAAAGCCAGCAUGUCGUGUCAUGUGCUUCAGCCUAUUGAAUACAUUGGGACUUGUGAUCAGGAUGACCGAAGAAACCCACCACCAGAAUCCAUCUUAUUAGUGCCACCAUCUUGGCCAAAGCAACUGAUGCCUGCAAUACCUAUCUGCAGCAUUCCUGUGCAAUCCCUUCCACCACUUGAGUGGCCACUCUCCAGCCAUUCUGGCUCUUAUGAACUAAGUGUUGAAGUCCAGCCAAAACCCCACCAUCGUGCCCAUUACGAAACAGAAGGGAGUCGAGGGGCAGUCAAAGCACCAACAGGAGGGCACCCUGUGGUCCAGCUUCAUGGUUACAUGGACAAUAAGCCCUUGGGCCUUCAGAUCUUCAUUGGAACAGCAGAUGAGCGGAUUCUUAAACCACAUGCUUUCUACCAAGUUCAUCGCAUUACGGGGAAAACAGUCACCACAACAAGCUAUGAGAAAAUCAUUGGCAACACCAAAGUGCUGGAAAUUCCCCUGGAGCCAAAAAACAACAUGAAAGCAACUAUUGACUGUGCAGGCAUCCUCAAAUUGAGGAAUGCAGACAUUGAACUCCGGAAAGGGGAGACAGAUAUUGGUCGGAAGAAUACCCGUGUGAGGCUGGUUUUCCGUGUGCACAUUCCUGAAUCCAGUGGCAGAAUAGUAUCUCUGCAAGUCGCAUCCAACCCCAUUGAAUGCUCCCAACGCUCUGCUCAUGAACUUCCGAUGGUUGAGAGGCAAGAUGUUGACAGCUGCCUUGUUUAUGGUGGGCAACAGAUGAUCCUAAGUGGGCAGAAUUUCACUGCAGAAUCUAAGGUCAUAUUCACAGAGAAAACACCAGAUGGUCAACAGAUAUGGGAGAUGGAAGCCACCGUGGAUAAAGAUAAGAGCCAGCCUAAUAUGCUUUUUGUAGAGAUUCCAGAAUAUCGGAACAAGCACAUUCGUACUCCUGUCAAGGUGAAUUUCUAUGUGAUCAAUGGAAAAAGGAAAAAAAGCCAAGCACAGCAUUUCACCUACCACCCAGUGCCUUCCAUCAAAACAGAGCCCAUUGAUGAUUAUGAUCCAGCUUUAAUCUGCAAUACAGUACACAGUGGUCUAAGAACAGUAACACAGCCUUAUUAUUCACACCAUACAAUGGUCUCUGAAUCUCCUUCCUGUCUUGUGGCCACAAUGGCUUCCUGCCAACAGUUGCGCUCAAGCCUGUCUUCUCCUGAAAAUCAGUAUCCUCAACAAACCCCAGGGGCUGUAAUAUAUCAAAGAAGCAAGAGUCUCAGUCCUAGCCACCUGGGCUAUCAGCAGUCCAGCUUAAUGGCUGCACAAGUCUCCAUUCCAGAUGUUCACAGGUCAGUGUUGGUGCACACAGGAUCCCCCAGCCAAAGUUCAGCAGGGCUCCAUCAUUCUCCAGCCAAUCAGCAGUCUCCUCCUGUGAUUCACUGCUCUCCUUCGACCAACCAACACUUGAGGUGUGAAAGCCAUCAGGAAUUUCAACACAUUAUGUGUAGUGAAAAUUUCACAUCCAGUGGAGUGAGGCCCAGCCAGCCUCAGGUCAGCCAAGCACAAAGGUUAAGCCCAAGUUCAUACCCUACCGUGAUUCAGCAGCAGAGAACAGUCAAAAAUGGACCACCAGUAAGUGAUCAGAAAGAAACAGCAUCAACAGGAGUCACUGUUAAACAGGAACAGAAUCUUGACCAAGCCUACCUGGAUGACGAGCUGAUAGAUACACACCUUAGCUGGAUACAAAACAUUAUAUGAAACAGAAUGACUGUGCUUUUUUGAUCCGAGCAAUCAAAGUCCAAGUUAACGAAAUUAUCAGGAAAGAAUUUUCAGGACUGCCUGCCAGAAGUCAGACAUAGAAGAGAUUUGCAAGUCAACUUUUAUUGAACGCUUCCGUAGCUGACCUCUUAGAUUCCUCUCUUGCCCCAUCAGCCUCCUGCUUCCUUAACUGAUCAUCUCAAGGCACCAGUUCAACACCAGGAACAAUGCACUGGCAUCAAACUGACAGCUUUGACUAAGCAGCCCGGCACCUCUCACUGUAAACAUCAAAAAGAACACUCUUCCUUUUGUUCAAAGAUCAUGUCGUUCUCAUGUAACAAGGCGUGCGCUUGACACAAUAUAUUACUAUGAUUACAGAUGCACAUACACACACAUUUGCAGAAUGGAAAGAGCUAUGCAACUGAAAAAAGAAGGCACCAGUCCAGAAACCUGUGCUGAAGAGGGAUUAUGUUUGUGCUGUGAACCACACCGGAUGAAUUACAAAGUUACUCAUUCAACAGAAAAUAGUAUGGUUCCUAAAGUGAUGAAGUUGGCCAUAAAAAAUUAAAAUGAUAAGACCUCUCACAAAAUAAUGCACACAAACUGAGCCAGAAAAAUUUAAGGGAGCAAAAUUACCUUUGUUCUUUUGCAAAUAGGGGUUUGACUACCCUUUCGGCACAAUUUCAUGGGAGCUUCAUAAGCAGCAGGGAAUCUAGCACAAGAACGAUACUGCAAUGAGGAAAAAAAAGGAAAGCCACAGUUUAUGGACACAUCAAGCUAUAAUGCAGUGCUCUCAAUUGUACUUUACCAUAUUGUUGCUCUCAUCUCAGGAUACAUAGAAGCCAAAUUUGUUUUGCUUUGAAUUAGAAGAGAUAUAAAUUCAACCAACAAUAUAAUGAAUAUUUUGAUAUUUUAGAAGCCAUGGAUUUCACUGGAAGAUAUUUGCAUUAGUUAGUGCAUCAAAUUCCCUCUGAAAUCACUGGAAUUUUAAAUGGGUAACUUUGUGUUUUCAGUUUCUUCUUAUUGAAUUU